AACUGCCAAAGAGACGACAAAGACUGACAAUUAUAUCUUCGCCGCUUUUUUUAUUCUCUUCCAAUUUGAACUGCACCUUUAACUUGUCCUGCAUUGUAGAAACAGCCUUAAUGGAUACUGGCAGUCGACUUAUAUAGUUUGUGAGUGAAAUCAAUGGAGGAAGUGUCAGUCAAAGAAUCAACAAAAAGUUUGCACGUGACUUAAUACACUCUUUUAUUAUUAUUUGCACUUGAAAUCUCAAAGGAAUUAUUCUUCCUUUUAAAUAGAAUUUAUAUUACUCGUGAUUGAAGAAGAUUCCCCCUUGAAUGUUUAUUUAAACUAGAAACACGAAUCUCUCAUUCUAAUUCAUGGUUUUUUUCGUGUGGUUGAAAAAUUUUUAAUAGUAUAUUUUUAAAAUGUGAGAGAAUUAUAAAAUAUUUUGCAUAAUUACAGUGAUAUCAGUAAACAACGAAGAUAUUUUUAUAAUAUGCUUGAACGGAAAAUUAGCAUUUUUUCAUUAAUAAGUUACAAAUAUGUAUUAUGUUCAAUAAGGUGUACACAAAUGCAAAAGGAAAUUAAUCGUUACACAUAAAAGACUGAUUCUAUUUAUUGAAGAGAGAUAUAUACGAAAAUAAGUGUUUCCCAACAAGCGAGAGGCAAUUCAAAAUGGAUAUAAACAUUGACAAAGAGUGCAGUGUUCUGGGGAGGCUCUUUAAUGAGAUUAUCACUGACAUGAAGAAUGGAGCUCCACUUUGGGAAGAUCUUAUUUCCAAAGCGACAAAACUGCACUCCUGCUUAAGAGCUGCUAUUUUAGGAAUUUCUGCAUACUUGGAGGCGUUUCAAAGAAUUGCUGACUGUGCUACAAAUGCUAAAGGUGCAACUAAAGAGAUUGGGACAGCUUUAACUAGAAUAUGUUUAAGGCAUAAGGCGGUAGAAACACGCAUGAAAUCAUUCACUAGUGCUAUCAUGGAUUGCUUGGUCUUGCCACUUCAAGAAAAGUUAGAAGAUUGGAAGAAAUCACUUAUUCAUUUAGAUAAGGAACACACCAAAGAAUUUAAAAAGGCUAGAGCUGAGUUAAAGAAAACUUCAACUGAUACUUUAAGACUGCAAAAAAAGAAAGCGCGUAAAAUUCAACUCGAAGGUUCAAUGCAAAGUCAUUUAAAUAUGACACCCAGUACUGAAUUUAAUAAACUGUUAAAAUCAUCGGCAGCAAUUAUCCAAGAGAAACGUUUAAGCUUGGAAGAAAUAGAACGAAAAGCUAUUCGUGCGGCUCUUAUUGAAGAGCGUGGGAGAUUCUGUCUAUUUGCUAGGUUCUUGAAACCUAUUUUGGACGAGGAAAUUGCUAUGUUAAUGGAAUUAACACAUAUUCAAGAAGUUUCUGAUCAAUUACAAAGACAUGUAACUUCGCCACAUCAACUGCCACCUGCAUCUGAGCAGGUGAUAUCAGACAUUAAAGGCUGUGAUCCUGCACAAUGGUCUCUUUCGACACCACCUUCUAGUCCGUCCUUAUCACUUGGUUCUCGAAAGAGUUCAGUGUGUUCGAUAAGUUCAUUGACAAGCAGUAGUAGUGGAUCCUGCAAAAGUCAUCCGAGCCCCUCGGGUCAUCCUUGGCAUAAAUCUCUUAUACAGGUACCUGUCUUCAGUCAGAAUAAUCAGAAUGACGUGAAUGCAGUGAUAAAGUCAGAUACCACAUCUACUUGGACUGAUCUACAAGAAUCUUCUCAAGAAGAUCAAAAUUUAAAAGCAAAAUGUGAAAGGCCUCAUACUAUUUCAUCGGCUUACGAAAAAGAACAUCAAAGACCUGCACUCAGCGUUUAUACGUUUCAAGCUCCCAACCGCGACAAUAAUACUUACAGCAGCAGUCAGCCCGUCUCACCUGUCUCAUCAUCAUUAUUAUCAUGCUCUUCCUUAAAUCAGCAACUUGCAAAGAAGCAAUUUCUCAAAAAUAACGUUGGAAAUAAACCUCCUAUUCCAAACAGAUGUUCUAGUUUAGAGCGCCCGAAUAAUCCGAAUAAAAAAGAUUCCCCUGGCAGUCCACGGGCAAAAGCUAAAUUACCUUUGCCUGCCCAUCUCGCGAAAGAAUUGCCAACUCAUCCGUUUCAGCAACCAAUGUAUGUGAAUAUGCAUGUGCUUGCUAAUCUAGCCGCGACACGAGCACAGGAAAUGCAUCUUCCCCUACCUACAGAUCCUCCGAAUGUUGCUACUAUGUCGCUGACUGAUGAAAAGACUGAAAGUAAAGAAAACGAUGAAAGUUGCAGUUCACAGUCAAGUACUGUGACCGUUACUGGACAUGGAGGUCAAAGUGUUACACAACAAUCUCAAACUAAAAGCACUUGGAGUUCUUCUUCAUGUUUAGUUGUGCGUAGAGAUUCAAAGCAGCUAUCGUCUGGAACUCAUCCCUCAUCAAAACGUAUUUCAUCUAUGAUUGGAGAGAGUCUUAGUACUUUCUCCACUCAAAGUAGCGAUGACUGCUGUGUAAGUACUUCUGAGGAUACAGAAAAUUUGCCUCCGCCACCAGCAUUUCUACUAGAGGGAUCUUCACCUAAUACUAGUCCAACACCGAAAAGGUCUCUGUCGGUUUCUGAAACCGUGCGAACUUUAACUGAACUGCGGCACACACCCGCAAGUCCAUCUUUAUUGCGAAAGGUGACUGGACAAAAUGUUGCAACAGCAACAGUACCACAUAACUCAGUUCUACAAAUUAGUCGAACCCAUUUAGAACGUUGCAGUCAAGAUUCUUCCAGCAGCGUUUCAAGUUUUAUAGACACGAGUAAUGAGGCGACAGGCCCAGGAGGUGUGGGUCAAAGUUUCAUGGCUGUACUCAGUGCAAAAUUUAUGAAUUCAGCGCCGGUUGCAAAUGAUGUAUCAAGCAUAAGUAGCAGCAGUAGUAGUCCAAAGUCUUCUAAAAAGCAUUUAUCAGAGCAGCAAUCAAACAAGCAUACAAAACAUAAUUCCGGAUUUUUUGAAUCACUUAACGUUAAACUUUUGCAACAGCCGCAAAUAAUAAACAAUAGAUCUGCAACUGUUAGAAAAAUAAUGGGCAAUAGAACGCCAAUAACAGAUCCAUUAGAGGUCAGAGUUUCUCUAAUGGAUCAAAUCCGAAAGGGAACUUCUCUUCGUAAAACAAGGGGUCCUAUAAAUGAUCGUUCUGCACCCAAAAUAUAUUAGCUAAGUUCGUAUAUCAGAUUGUUCUCUAACUGCGCUUUUAGUUCUUUUUUGUGGAAACAAGACAAUAGGCAAGGCAUAUAUUGUAUACGUAUAGUUCCAGUGCACACUGUAAGAAAACUAUAAAUUCAAUUUUAAAUUGAAGUCUUAUAAGUUGAUGUUUGUAAUGUUGUUCAAUGUAUUAAUAUACAAAAAAAACUAUCAACAUUCUAGUCUACAUCUCUAUACAAAAUUUAUUUUAUAAGGCAUCAAUUUAUGUAUCUAAAAAAUAAUUUAUAAAGUCAACUCUUUUAUGAUUAUAAUGACGCUAAUUAAUAUAGCUUUAAAAAUUGUUCGGCAUCGUAACAGCUUUAAUGUAUUGUAUUUUAAUGUGUUUUUGUACUAGAAAACAUGUAAUAUGUUUUGAUUGCUAUAAGAAAGGGAGAGAAACGUAGCAUCAGCUAAACCUAAUAUAUAUACCUUAGUAUUAAAACAAUUUUUGAACUCUAAAUAUAAAUCUCGAUGAAACUGUCCUAUCGCAUUAUACGAAUAAAAUAAUUAUUAAGAAAUAAAUUUAUGACAUAAAUGUCAUAAGAAAAAAUUUUGAAAAAGUUCUACAAAGCCAAUUUUUUUAAUACUCAAUAUGACGAAGUAUUAUGCUUUUUAUUCACGAAUGCAUAUUUAGAGUUCAAAAUUCGUUUACACUCAACUGAUAUUAUUAUUAUAAGUGACAAAAUAUUGUUGGUGUAAUUCCUUUUUCUAAGUUAUUUAUUAUUAAUUGGUUUAUUUAAAAUUAGACAAUAGUUUUCCUUUUAAUACUUUCUACAUACUUUAUGUUAAUUUAUUUAAUCUCUUUUUUACAGAAAUG